UCAUAUCUGAUAGAAACGUUCCUUUUAAGAUGUAUUAGGUAAGCACCUGCCUAUAUUUUCACUGGGGAGGUUUCGCACCGCUACAGGAAGUGGUGCAUGCUGAUUCAUACAGGAGACUGAAUCCAUGCAGCUGUAGCACAGAUCCCAUAGUAGUGGCCCUCCUCUUCCUGACUGCAGACGUGUCUUUAUACUUUGUGAGGAAAGAAGGUGCCAGGACCAGUAUCCUUCGUACAUCAGGGCAACAAACAGCAUCAGGGUGCUUAGCUGUCAUGGCCAAUGCAAGUCUAGUUGAAGAGCUUCAAGGCCGGAUCAGGGAACUGGAGGCCGAGCUGAACAGGGUGAGGAGCAGAGAGCAACAGGAGAUGCACAGGGCCAGAAUUGAAAAGAUGAGUGCAGAAGUGGUGGAUACAAAUCCAUACAGUCGUUUGAUGGCUUUAAAAAGAAUGGGAAUAGUUGAAGAUUAUGAGAAAAUCCGCACUUUUACUGUAGCUGUGGUGGGAGUAGGAGGUGUUGGCAGUGUUACGGCAGAAAUGCUGACAAGAUGUGGCAUUGGUAAGUUGCUGCUAUUUGAUUAUGACAAGGUGGAGCUGGCAAACAUGAAUCGACUGUUUUUCCAGCCACACCAAGCUGGUCUCAGUAAAGUGGAGGCUGCUGAGCACACACUGAGGAACAUAAAUCCUGAUGUCCAGUUUGAAGUUUACAACUACAACAUCACAACCAUGGACAACUUUCAACAUUUUAUGGACAGAAUAAGUAAUGGUGGACUGAAAGGAGGAGAACCUGUGGAUCUUGUGCUUAGCUGCGUGGACAACUUUGAAGCCAGAAUGGCAAUAAACACUGCCUGCAAUGAACUUGGGCAAAUCUGGAUGGAAUCUGGGGUCAGUGAAAAUGCUGUGUCUGGACAUAUUCAGCUCAUCAAACCUGGUGAAACAGCCUGUUUUGCAUGCGCUCCUCCUCUUGUAGUUGCUGCAAAUAUAGAUGAAAAGACCCUGAAACGGAGGGGGUUUUGUGCGGCCAGUCUCCCUACCACCAUGGGAGUGGUAGCGGGGAUUCUAGUGCAGAAUGUUCUCAAGUAUCUCUUACAUUUUGGAACAGUAAGCUAUUAUCUAGGAUACAAUGCCAUGAAGGAUUUCUUCCCAACGAUGGCCUUAAAACCAAACCCACACUGUGAUGAUAAAUAUUGUCAGAAACAGCAGGAAGAAUUUAAGAUAAAAGAGGCAGCUCGCCCUGUGCAAGAACCAGUGACAGUCGUAGAAGAGGAAGAAGAAAUAGUUCAUGAGGACAAUGAUUGGGGUAUUGAACUGGUGUCAGAAGUUUCAGAAGAGGAGUUAAAAGCGGCUUCUGGACCAGUUCCUGAUCUACCAGAGGGAAUCACUGUGGCAUAUACGAUACCAAUUACAGCACCUACAUCAGGAGUAACAGUUGAAGAAUCUGAGCAGAGUCUAGAAGAGCUUAUGCACAAAUGAAGGGGAUGUAGAUCGGCAAAGCAAACCCUCUACCCUGCUUGCUUUUCCCUUUCCUGUGUUAUCUAGACUGCCAACCAUAAUGUACAGAAGAAUAAACUAGUCCCAAGUCAGAUUGUAUACUUUCUGACUUCAUAAAAGCAUUGUCAUUUGCCAGAUUUCAUUGAGGAAUCAGUCUGAUCAUGUCCUUUUAAAUGUGUUAAUAUAAAUUCUGCAUCAUUGUGUUUCUGAAGAAAACAAAAAGAACCUGACCGGCAUGGGCAUCCACAGAAAGGUGGAGCAGAGGAAUAAAAAAUAAAUUCACCAAAUAUAAUAUCAGUGACAACAAAUGUAGCAGGAGAGAGUUACUUGUAUACAUAAGCUACACAUCAUUUUAAAAUGGUGACUUAUCGGCAUCCAUGCUGACAGGAAAACAUUUAUAAAUCAUAAACCGGUUGUAGAGGAUAAAAUUGAGUUAGUUACUUGUGUAAAAGUCUAGAUUAAUUUAUUUAAAAAAACCUCAAAGAAAUGAUGUAUCUUGUUCUAAAGCCACUAACUUAAAACUAUAAAAAAUGUCUAGACCAAAAUAUUUUGCAAAAUAAACUGUAAUAAACCUAAUCUGUGCUGUUUUA